CUAUUCAACCUUAAGCAAUCAGCUUUCCUUACGUGUCCGGUUAAUAUAAGCGGAUCGCUUGUUCAACAAUGGAAAAUCUUAUGCAUUGCGCAUCAUUUAGGUAAUAUGGUGUGCGACUGCCUUGUGGUCAGUGCAGGAUACUGUGUUUUAGCUGUUGUUGCUUACAAGAUCGUCGUUGCUGUUUAUAAUGUUGUUUAUCCCUACUUGAUCGGUACGCCGGUAGAUCUACAUUCGAUGGCAGGAGCCAAAUGGGCAGUAGUGACGGGUGCAACGGAUGGCAUCGGAAAGGCAUACGCAUACGAGUUGGCCAGAAAAGGCUUUAACAUAUACCUCGUAUCUCGAACACAGUCCAAGCUCGAUGAAGUAGAAAAGGAUCUCAGCCAAAAAUAUAACCAGAUUAGCGUCAAAACAUUCGCAUUCGAUUUUUCUGUUGGUACUGUGGAUGAGUACAAACCCCUUCUUGAAGCUCUUGAUAAGGUUGAUGUAGGAGUUCUUGUUAACAACGUUGGCAUGAGCUUCGAAUAUCCAGAGGUUCUUCAUGAGAUUGAGGGAGGUCUUCAACGCAUUGGAGGCAUUACAACGAUUAACACACUACCUGUGACUAUUCUAUCUGCUCAUGUUCUGAAGCAGAUGACACCGCGUAAGAAAGGUAUCAUCGUUAAUGUGUCAUCCUUUGCCAGCUACAACCCGAUGGCUCUCUGGGCUAAGUAUGUGUCGUGGUUGUCGGAGAUUCUGCGAAUGGAGUACGCCAGUAAGGGGAUAACUGUCCAGACAGUUUGUCCCAUGACGGUGGCGACUAAAAUGAGCAAGGUCCGUAGAACAUCCUUCUUUGUACCUAAUGGCGAAGUGUUUGCAAGGUCUGCAGUUAGGAGCAUCGGACUUAUUGAUGAUACUACGGGUUGUCUGUCUCACCAACUUCAGGCGGAAGCUUCCAAACUUGCUCCUCCUGUAAUAUUAAACAAGAUCAUCACUAACUUCAGUAUGUCACUUCGAAAAGCUGCCCUCAGAAAGAAAGCUAAAGCUCAGUAG